GAGAAAAUUUUUUUUAAAGGAUCCUUCAAGGAGUACUUGGUCGUUUUGUAUUUAUGGCUGAGCAAAAACAACAAGGAACUAAUCCUGCUCAGGAGCAACCAAAUGAGCCUUUGCCAAGGUCAUUCAACCAGCUUCUGGGGACAAACAACCCUAGAAAAACAAGUUGGCCUGAGCUGGUUGGUGUCACUGCUGAAGAAGCAGAGAAGAAAAUAAAGGAAGAGAUGAGUGGGGUUGAAAUUCAAGUGGUUCCUCCUGGUUAUUUUGUCACUGCAGAUUUCAAGCCCCAGAGAGUUAGAUUGUACGUGGAUGAAUCUAACAAAGUCAACAGGACUCCAGGAAUUGGCUAAUCCAUAAUCUGCAAAAUAUCAUUUAAUAUUUCAAUAUUUCGUGGCUCUUUUCUUUGUUUUGGCUAAGACAAUAUCUUCACGUGACUUGGUCAAUGAAAUAGUAGUGUAUUGUAUGGGUUGACAACAAUCUUGGACUAUAUUUUGAUAUAUUCCUCAACAAAUAAUGGAUUAUGUUAUCUCUAGACCAAUAACGAUUAUUAAUUA